AUGCCAGCAUGGAAGCAGGGAAAUUCAAACCAAUUCCCUAAAGCUGGCAAAACCAACUGUUCUUCUUCUUUCUUGGCAAAAGAGGCUGGUAGUACUCGUUUUUGCAUGGGUGCUGCAUGGAGAGACACGGUUGGAAGGAAGACCAACUUCAACCAGAUCCUUGAAUAUGUGAAAGAAAUAAGAGGAAUGGGGAUGGAGGUCUGCUGCACCUUGGGAAUGCUAGAGAAGCAGCACGCUUUACAACUCAAGGAGGCUGGCCUUACAGCUUAUAACCAUAACCUUGAUACCUCAAGAGAGUAUUACCCUAAUAUUAUAACUACAAGAACUUAUGAUGAACGCCUGGAAACCCUUCAUCAUGUUCGUGAAGCAGGGAUUAACGUCUGUUCAGGUCAGUUAUAUACAAUCUAA